CCUUAUUUAGCUCCAAAGGUCUCUGCAGGCACACUAUUUAAAAGACAGAGCCCUUCAUUAAAAAUACAACAUAUUUUAGCUUUUGCCUAAACACAAUUCAAACCAGACAAGUUUGACUGCCACAAUGAAAUAUUUGGCUCUGGCUUUGCUGCUAUGUGCUGUAGUGUCACUGACAAACGCUCAGUGCUACAAUGUGGCCAUAAAACCAGGCCUGACCCAUUGUCAGGACACUGUAGAUAAGACAUGGCAUCCAGUAGGAUCUUCAUGGAGAAACAGUGACUGUUGGGACUGUACUUGCAGUGGAUGUUGCGCUGCGUAUUCAACCCCCAGACAGUUCCCUGAAGACUGUGUGUCAGUGUUUGACCCGAAGGCGUGUGAAUACAUAGUGCACAAGAAGGACGACCCAUCCGUACUAUGUCCAAUUUAUAGUGCAGUAGGAAAGUGACGGAGUUGUUGUUUUGAGUGGUCUGAAGUAUUUCCUUCUUUUAUUGUAUUCAUGCAGAUGUGAUCCCUCACUGGCUUCCCACAAGGAAACACUGCCCACAACCAAGCAGAAAGCACUGCUGCCAGAAAUUGAAAAUUAAAUACUGCCACAAAUGAAAUUUCAAAUCAAUAAAUACAUAAAUCAUA